GCUAAACAUCCCCAACUCCCAUAAGGCAUGGUUUCCAGACCCUUCGCCACUUUGACUACCCUCCUUUGGCCACGCUCCAGCCCAGAACUGGAGACAGUAUUCCAGGUACUUAGCAGGAAAACUUGUUGUAUACAAAGCCUACUUGGAUUGAUCACCUCUCCCUACCUGCCCAGCCCUCCUUAUCUCCAAGACUAUCAGAGCGUUAGCGCAAACACGGCUCUUUUUGCCAUACCCCAGGCGUCCUGGACACCAGCAGCUUGUUCCACCCUUCACUUACACCUUCUUUCAAUUUAUAAAUGGAUGAACAUGCAAAUAACAGUCUUUUCACAUUAAGGGUGUUCAGGGCGAGACAAAUAUCCAAGAAGCCAUUUCAUACUUUAUCUGCCUUAGUGAAGGAGAAAAUUCUGGAAGACUGUAAAAGAACAAGCUACCUCAUUCCCUAAUCAGUUUCAAGGUCUCCUUCCUCACACAACUCACUCCUGGUGAUAAACUUUCUUCUGAAGGAGCGUUUUGAUUUUAUGCAGAACUGAGACCUUGGAAUGCUUUAUUAUGGCAGCAGUGGUACAGCAGAAUGACUUGAUGUUCGAAUUUGCCAGUAAUGUCAUGGAGGAUGAGCAACAGCUUGAUGAUCCAUCUAUCUUCCCUGCUGUCAUUGUGGAGCAUGUACCUAGUGCAGAUCUCCUCAACAAUUACUCGGGUUUAUCCUGUGUUACUGAACCCAGUGACAUGAUAACAGAGAAUUCACUGGAUGUUGCAGAAGAAGAAAUUAUAGAAGAUGAUGACAUCACCCUUACAGUUGAAGCAUCCUGCCAGAAUGGAGAUGAAACUAUGCAAACCAUUGAAGCUGCUGAGGCCCUUCUCAAUAUGGAUUCCCCUGAUGAUGAUAUGGAUGAGAAGAGAUCCACGCACAUAUUUGGAGCUGAGGAUGAAAUUGAUAUUGGUCCAAUUACUCAUGUGUCAGUUACACUUGAUGGGAUCCCAGAAGUAGUAGAGGUUCAACAAAUCCAAGACACAUUUGCUGAAUCACAAAGCACUGUAGCACUUGAGCAACCAAAGAAGAGAAAAGGGAAGAAACCUAAAGUUCCACGCCCAGAGUCACCUACUCUGACUCCAAACAUAACACUGAAAAAGAAAAACAAAGAUGGGAAGGGAAACACAAUUUAUCUUUGGGAGUUUUUACUAGCACUGCUUCAGGACAAAGCUACCUGUCCUAAAUACAUUAAAUGGACUCAAAGAGAGAAAGGCAUUUUUAAGUUGGUAGACUCCAAGGCGGUGUCAAGACUAUGGGGAAAGCACAAAAACAAGCCUGAUAUGAAUUAUGAAACAAUGGGCAGAGCUCUCAGAUGUGAUCAAAAUGCACUGGAAAACAUAUUUGGAGAGCAAGAUUUAAAUAUUAUGACUAUAUAUUAUUACCAAAGAGGCAUUCUGGCCAAAGUAGAGGGACAACGUUUGGUGUAUCAGUUUAAAGAAAUGCCAAAAGACCUAAUCUACAUAGAUGAUGAUGAUCCAAGUUCCAGUACAGACUCCCCUGAUGCAUCUUUACUUUCAGCACCUACGGCUAAUAGAAACCAAAUGGGUAGGUCAAAAGGAUCUACAAACACAGGGCCAAGAGGAGGAUCUACUGCUGUUGUAAAGAUCCCACUCAACUCUAAGUCUACCAGACCUAAGCAGCCCCUGGAAACUGCACAACAGCAAUUGCCUGCCAUGGCAUCAGAAGCCUUGAGGACGAUGCAGCCUACUCAGCAAUUACAUCCAACUCAGCUUUAUCGGACAGUGCACUUAAUGCAGCCAGUACAAUCCAUUCCAGAAGGACAUACAACUGUAACCAGUACCAUACUGGAUGAGAAAUCAAAUCCUUCUGUUCAAAACAUAAGGACCAUCCAAGCCCCAGGCCAAGUUCCAGUAGUUGUAUCACCUGGGAACCCGCAACUGCAUACUGUUACACUCCAGACACUGCCUCUAACAACAGUGAUAGCCAGCACAGAUCCAUCAUCUGCAGCAGCACCCCAAAAGUUCAUUCUACAAGCCAUCCCAACUUCACAGCCCAUGACUGUGCUUAAAGAGAACGUCAUGCUACAGUCUCCAAAGCCAGUCUCUCCUCCUUCAUCCAUUGUUUUCAGUCCUGCUCAGGUCCAUCAGGUUCUCACCAGCAACGUGCAGACAAUAUGCAAUGGAACAGUCAGUGUGUCUUCUUCUCCAUCUUUCAGCAGUGCUACUCCUGUUGUAACUUUUACGCCCAGCACUUCUCAAGUGGUUGCUCAACCAUCCAACACUGUGAUCACUUCAGUCAUUAAGGCUCCAGAAACUAAACCAACUGUUAUACAAGGGUUGAUCAAAUCAGAGGCAGAGGUUGGUACAGUGGAAGAAUGCAAACUCUCAGAGCAAAGUUUCCAACAGCAGCCUUUCAUGGUGAUGGUAUCCAGUUCAAAUGGAUUUCCCUCAACUUUGCAUAUUAAACAAGAAAGUGAACAAUUAGAGCCAAGUACAUAUGAGUAAAUGAGAAUUAAAUUCUGUGUAUGGUGGUUUUCCUUAAUGUGAUGGGACUACAUCAGUUCUGUAUAUAUCAUUUGAUUCCAAAACAGGCAUUACAAAGAUACUUUAAUUUCUGAAAUUAAUUUUAGAAGGCAAUAUUGUAGAUUUGAUUUCAUUUUUUUCUCUUUGCUGAAUAAUAUAAAAUAUGAAUGUUUCAAAAUGCAAGCGUAAAGGAACAUGCAGCUUAUCUUUUUAAAUCACUGUCCAAAAAUUCUAAAUUUCUUACACUUCAUGCUUAUUUGUCUGUCUUGCAUAAUGUAAUCCAAGCUUUAAAGCAAUACUUAAUUUCCAUAUUUUUUUCCAUUCUGCAUAUGUGAUUUACUUAGCAAAUUGCAAAGAUCUGCCUUAUGCCAGUAGAUUAAAAAAGAUUUUUGGUCUUGUGUAUACAGUAAACACAUGGACAGUUCAAUGUUAAUUUGUUUCUAUUGUAUUUUGUCCCAAAGAUUGUGCAAAAAAGAGGACCUACCUUAUCGAGAAGAUACAUAACAUUUAUAUCUUUGAUUUACUAGAUAUUUUCUGUUUUUAUUACGUGGAUGUAUUGGAUAUACCUGUUCACCAAAAUAGAAGUUAUCACUACAGGUACAAUUAUUUUCUCACCACUUUAAUACUGAAUAGAAAGAUUAUUUUGAUUUCCCAUUAUUUUUGUAAGGAGGUGAAAAAGAGAAGUAUAUGGGACUUGCGCAAGUAUUUUGAGAUUGAAAUGUUUCUAUAAAAGUACUUUUUCUAUUGUAAAUAUGUAAUUUAAUUUCUCAAAGAUGUUUUCAUAAAAAUAUUCUUUCCACAGAGCAAUAUUUUAUCGAGAAAAAUAAGAUCAUUAUGUUUAGAGUUCUAAUAUUAUAGGUAUUCAUAUAUUACAAAGUGAAUUUGUAUUUAAAAGAAAAUUUUAAAUUGUGGGACUCUUUUGAACCCCCCUUGUCUUUUUGUAUUUUAAUUGGUUUAUUAUGAAAAUAAAUCAAGUAC